CCCAGACGCCUUUGGUGUUCAACCAACAUGGCGGCGCCCGGGAUGCAUGUAGGACAGUAUAUGCACAAAAAUUGCAGGCUUUUACUCGCUAACUUGGAGCAGUUGUGGAGUACAAGGACUUUUAUUGGGAUAUCAGCUGUGCGCCAACAAAGUGUUGGUGUUGCUAAAGAAUCCCCUGAACAGAUCGUCAUUCCCAGAAAGAAAGUAUGGAGCAAAGAGGCAGUGUUGGAGACUUUGGCUUCAACUGUCCGCAGGGACCCUACUGCGUAUCCCUACCAGUUCCAGGAUGAUCCCUAUCUCGCUCCGAGGAAUUUUGCAGAGUUUAAACUCUACUCUCUCUCUCAGGAGUCUGGCCGAUCUGCAGCUAAAUACUUUAUCAACAACUACCCAAAGUUCUUCACCAAAGAUUUUGCUGAACCACACAUACCUUGUUUAAUGCCAGAUACCGUAUCACUGCGCAUCGACGAGGUGAGCGAAGAGGCGCUGAAAGAGAGGAUUAGCUUAAGAAAAGUCAAGGCCGCUGUGGACAUGUAUGAUCAACUUCUACAAGCAGGCACGUCUGUGUCCAUGGAAACAACCCAUGACCUCUUGGACUUGAUCUGUCUCUUUUGUGACAGAGACCCUGUCCAGGAGGAGGGGCCAAAGAUGGAAGACACAGAGUCAGCAGGCGAGGUGCGGAAGAGGAAAGGGAGGUUUCGUCGGUCAUCAGACUUCCUCAGGUUGACCUGGAAAGACCAUAACAACGCAGAGAGAAUAUUUAACCUGCUGCCAGAAAAAGAUGCUCGCUGUUACUCUGCUCUCAUCAGAGGCAUGGUGAAGCAUGGAGCCUAUACCAAGGCCUUCAGCAUGUACACAGAUCUGCUUAACAACAGACUGACAGCUGAUGUCCACAUUUUCAACGCUCUGCUCUCAGCAGCUCCCGAAGUCCGAGACAAAUACAUCGAGAGAUGGGACCUCAUCACUGAGAUUUUAAAUCAAAUGAGUCAACAGAAAGUCCAGCCCAACCUACAGACCUUCAACAGCGUACUUAAAGCCUUGAGGCGCUGUGGCUCUUUGGCCAAAACAUUGGCACUACAGACUCUGAGUGAGAUGAAGUCACUCCGCAUAGUUCCCAGUCUGGCCACCUUUGACCAUAUCCUGGCCAUAUUUUACAAACCGGGCAUGUCUGGCCAGGUCAAAUCCAACAUUUUGCAGGAAAUUAUGUUAGUGUUGGAAGGAAAACCAUUUACCUGCCAGGACCCUGAUGAUGUUCUAUUCUUCUCCAGUGCCAUGAGAGUUUGUUUGGAUUAUAAAGAUCUGGAACUGGCUUAUAAAGUCCAAAGUGUGGUGGAGGUGGGGGAGAACUGGAGGCUUCUAGGCGAUUACUACCAACAAAAAAUCUAUUACAGUCGCUUUUUCAACCUUUUGUGUAUGAUGGAACACAUCGACGUGGUGUUGAAGUGGUACAGAGAGCUCAUUCCCUCAUUAUUCUACCCGAGGUACGAGGAUAUGAGAGACCUCCUGCAGGCCCUGGACACAGACAGUCGUUUGGACAUGCUGCCCGCAAUAUGGAAAGAUAUCCGUAAUUUUGGUCAAGAUAAUAAAUCAGAGUUGAUUGAGGAGCUUCUCACUUUAAUGGCCAGAGACGAACACAGUCCACAGGUCCAAGAGUCUUUUGCUGUUUGUGCGCUGGACGUGAAGAGUGUCUUUGAAGGCAACACAAGGAGGCCCAGUGUGGAGUGGAGCACUCCCACUCUCACACACAUUACCUGCCUGCUGCUGCGGGCCAACAAGAUCCAAGAGGCUUGGGAAAUGAUGCAGCUCUUCAAAUCCAACAACAGAGUUCCUUCUGAAGCGCUGUUUGAUGACUUCCUGUCCAUGUGCAAGCGAGAGGGCUCCGCCCAAAGAGCGGUGGAGUUGGUCCAGCUGUCAGCAGCCUUCUGUCUGCAAGGAACUCCACGUCUGGUCAAGCGAACCCUCGCAGACUUUGACUUGAGUGAGGAUCAAAGGGCCAUCUUGUCUGAGCUUGAGAUCGUCACCCAGACUGCAGAGUGAAAGAGACGCUCUCCCAACUAGAAACCCAAACAAUUCAGGUGGAAAUAUAAUAAAUAUUUAGAAAAAAUAUAUAUACUUGUUUCUGUGUGUAAUAAAAUACAUUAUGUGAUAGAAGCAAUCUAAAGAGGCUUAUUUGUAGACAACAAAGAGGCGUAAUAGUAUGUGUGUCCGCCAGGUGUCGCCAUUUAUCAGCAAACGACAACCUUCCAUUGUCUUAAACCAGGGGUCUCAAACACCAUUUACUUGGGGGCAACUGGAGCUAGGGUCUGGGUGAGACUGGGCCGCAUCAGGUUUUCCAAAACAAAACAAAAACGCAUUUAUUAAAAACAGAAAAAUUUCAAAAACUUUGCUUUGGUUUCAAUUUUCUACAAGAAAAGCUCUGAUAAAACAUUCCACUGUUCUCAAAUAUCUUAAUUUUUAUUUUUCUACACAAAAUAACAUGAAAAGUAAAUAAACAAAUCAAGAAUAAAGAAAAUCAAUCAAUCGGUAAUAAAUAAAUAAAUAUAAUAAUAAAACGGCAAAUAAUAAAAACUUAAGAAACCACAU